AUGCCCGCCCACAUGCUGCAGGAGGUAAGCGUCCCAGAAAUCUCCAGCUCCUAUGUGACCACCACCACCAUCAGAUCACCUCCAAAUGAGGGUCUCCAUGAUGGAGAACAAAAAUUGGAGAAGAUGUCCCUUUACUCAGCAGAAGAUAUCCGCCCUGAAAUGAAAGAUGAUAUAUAUGAUCACAGCUAUCAGGAUGCCGAGGGUCCCACACCCAAGCUUGAGUAUGUCUGGAGAAACAUCAUCCUCAUGGGCCUGCUGCACCUGGGAGCCCUGUAUGGGGUCAUACUGGUUCCCACCUGCAAGUUCUACACUUGGAUCUGGGCCUAUGUGUACUAUUUAAUCAGUGGUCUGGGCAUCACAGCAGGAGCUCAUCGCCUGUGGAGCCACCGAACUUACAAAGCGCGGCUGCCCCUGCGGCUCUUCCUGAUCAUUGCCAACACCAUGGCGUUCCAGAACGAUGUUUAUGAAUGGGCCCGAGAUCACCGCGCCCAUCACAAGUUCUCAGAAACACAUGCUGACCCUCACAACUCUCGCCGUGGCUUCUUCUUCUCUCACGUGGGUUGGCUGCUGGUGCGCAAACACCCAGCUGUCAAAGAGAAGGGGGCGACCCUGGACCUAUCUGACCUAAAAGCUGAGAAGCUGGUGAUGUUCCAGAGGAGGUACUACAAGUCCGCUGUUCUGUUGAUGUGCUUCAUCCUGCCCACACUGGUGCCCUGGUUUUGUUGGGGUGAAACUUUUGCACACAGCUUGUACGUCGCCUCUUUACUGCGAUAUACCAUAGUGCUUAAUGCCACCUGGCUGGUGAACAGUGCUGCCCACCUCUAUGGAUACCGCCCCUAUGACAAGAAUAUCAACUCCCGGGAGAAUAUCCUGGUUUCCCUGGGAGCUGUGGGCGAGGGUUUCCACAACUACCACCACACCUUCCCCUAUGACUACUCUGCCAGUGAGUACCGCUGGCACAUCAACUUUACCACGUUCUUCAUUGAUUGCAUGGCUGUCCUCGGCCUGGCUUACGACCGGAAGAAAGUAUCCAAGGCCACUGUCUUGGCCAGGAUUAAAAGAACUGGAGAUGGAAGCUCUAAGAGCGGCUGAGUUUGAGGUUGUCCAGGGUCCUGUUCCAAAAUCCAGUAGAGGUUUAAUGUUCUGUUAAUUAACUACUGAGUAAUGCUACUGGAUACUAAAGAUGAUGACCUUAACACAUUCCGGUUCAGUAAAUGACAAGUACUGAAGGGCAACA